CUCAAAGCGAAAUUGUUCGGAGGAAGUUGUGUCCGGUGUUGUGGAGAAGAAGCGAUUAGGAGUUACAGUAAUUCAGGAACAGGGCGGUGGUGAGGGAGAGGUACUGGGAGCAAACUUUACCCUAAUCAAUAACAAACUGGUUUAAAUACAGUUCAAGCUCAACUGCUAAAAAUAGUAACCUAUCGCCUGUAUUUAAACGGGUUGUUGAGAAUUUGCCAGAAAACACAACAAUACAAGAACAUUUAGCUGCGAAAAAAGCCCCGUUUGCGGUUUGUUUUUCUUGCUUCCUCUUGUGUGCGGAGGUGGAUGUGUGUGUGUGUGUGUUUUUUUUUUUUUCCUUUCUGUUUACAAUCAUUUUUUCUUACACCGCCAUUUUCACUUGCUCUGACUACGCCACCUCGGAAGGGGCUCUGUGCGAAACCUCUUGGACUCGCUGAGGGUGCCAGACUGAGGGGAGGCAGUCGGGCAGGUUGCCGUUUAUAUAUGUGGACUCUGCAGCAAAGGCAUUUCUUCUCGGUGUUGCCUUGGAAGGGAUGUUUUAUAGUAAGUUAGCUAGCCAGUGUAUGUCAUGAUCGGGGAAACACUAGCUCACCACGUCGAGUCUGAACUCAACCACAUCGAGGACAGCAAGCCGUCGUCUCAUUAUCAUCAUGCCGGGGCCAACAGUAAUAUCAACAAAAGACAAGCCUUGUUGAAGAAAGGUGGGAGGAAAACUCGCUCGACACCUGCGGCUUUACAAAGCAGACACCAUCACCCCCAUCGUAACCAGAAACACCCAAGUUUGGCGAGGAGCAACCCUUCGCGCUUCAGUGAUAUCAACAACAACAACAUGGGGACUGGAGGAAAGUCAACAGCAGACUGUACUAGCAACACGGGCCGGACUCCUGCAUCCACUGCUAUAACCCUGCAUCACCAGAAACAGGGGGCAAAGAAAGAGGUUUUAAAAUCAAAACCGGUAAGAACAGAGAAGACCCCUUUUCCCGGCGGGCUGCCCAUGCACAGCCUGAAUAAAUAUGAACACCCAGUCCAGUUUCUGAACACCAUCAAACAGAAGAUUAAGCACAGCACACCUGUCAAGGUUUCACCAAUAAAAAGAAAUGAAAAUGGCUAUCAGCCUAGCCCCGCCUCCUCCUUGGGGAUUAAAAUACCUCUCAACCCUGCUGAUUAUUUUAAGAGUGUUAAAGUUCCUGAAGCUGAAUCAAUUUCUGAAGAGGACCACAAGGAUGGCAAGAAGAACUACGCUGGUGCUAAGUUUAGUGAGCCUCCAUCUCCCAGUGUCCUUCCCAAGCCACCGAGCCAUUGGGUAGGAGACAACACCCAGGAGCAUUCGAACCCGAGCAGAGCGCUCAUGACAGUGCACCUGAAGACCCUACUCAAGCUCCACGCAUUGCCAUGAAUUGAGAUUCAGAAAUCUGAAAAGAAAAAAGAAUGACAGUAAGUCACCCUAGUGCAGUUCAGCACUGAAGAUUACAUUUUAAAGAGUCCUGGAGUUGGAACUUGUUGCAAUACAAGGUCCUGAAGUUUGGACUGUUUUGAAUUUUACAUUUCCAUGGAACAGCAGCCUUGUACAGUUUAGUGAAUUUUUAAUGAACUUGUGUAAAUAUUGUAAACCAUGUAAUAUUGUGUAUAUUUUUCAUGUUCUUUUAACAAAAGUA